GUAUAGAUUGGAAUUCUUAGCCUUUUGUUUUGUUAAUUUUGAAGCAGAAAUGAGGAGUUUGAAGUUAUACGAGAGGUUUACGAAAACGUUUCGUGAACAUCCUUCUAUUUCUAGAUUUCUCAUUAUUUUCGCCGUCAGUGGUGGGGGUCUCGUGGCUUAUUCUGAGGCAAACAUACAAAAUGGUGCAAAGAUUGAUGAAUUACCCGAGGCGGGUAACCAGAAAAAGAGGGUGGUGGUACUUGGAACUGGUUGGGCCGGAACAAGCUUCUUGAAGAAUUUGAAGAAUCCGUCGUACGAUGUCCAAGUGAUCUCACCUAGGAAUUACUUUGCAUUCACACCUUUACUACCAAGUGUAACCGUUGGCACCGUGGAAGCUCGCAGCAUUGUCGAACCAAUUCGCAACAUUGUCAAAAAGAAGAAAGUAAAUGUUAAUUUCUGGGAAGCUGAAUGUCUUAGGAUUGAUGCGAAAAAUAAGCAAGUUUACUGCCGUUCAACUCAAGACGUAAAGGAAGAAUUUGUUGUUGAUUAUGAUUACCUGGUUGUUGCCAUGGGAGCCCGUGUGAAUACGUUUAACACUCCUGGCGUUGAAGAGAACUGCCUCUACUUGAAGGAAGUUGAAGAUGCUCAAAAGAUUCGGAGGAGGGUAAUUGAUUGCUUCGAAAAGGCAAGCCUACCUGAUAUGAGUGAUGAUGAGAGAAAAAGGAUGCUUCAGUUUGUUGUUGUCGGUGGUGGUCCAACCGGUGUGGAGUUUGCAGCCGAGCUUCAUGAUUUUGUGUCCGAGGAUUUGGUGAAAUUGUACCCCGCGGUUAAAGAUUUGGUCAAAAUAUCACUUCUGGAGGCAACUGACCAUAUUCUGAACAUGUUUGACAAAAGAAUCACCACUUUCGCAGAAGAAAAGUUCCACAGAGAUGGUAUCGAUUUGAAAACAGGAGCAAUGGUGGUGAAGGUCUCAGAUAAAGAAAUUUCAACCAAAGAGAUAAAAACCGGGGAGAUCUCUACUAUACCUUAUGGGAUGGCAGUGUGGUCAACAGGCAUUGCAACUCGUCCUGUUGUCAUGGAUUUCAUGAAGCAAAUUGGCCAGGCGAAUCGACGUGUGUUAGCUACUGAUGAAUGGCUUCGAGUUGAAGGGACCAACAGCAUAUAUGCACUUGGCGAUUGUGCCACAAUAAACCAGCGCAGAGUCAUGGAGGAUAUUUCGUCUAUAUUUAAAAAGGCGGACAAGGACAACUCUGGAACACUUACUGUUAAAGAAUUCCAAGAAACACUGGACGAUAUUUGUGUCAGAUAUCCUCAAGUGCAACUUUAUCUAAAAAACAAGAAGAUGAGCAGCCUUGUUGAUUUGAUGAAGGAAUCCAAGGGUGAUGUUGCAAGAGAAUCCAUUGAACUCAACGUCGAAGAACUUAAAUCAGCUCUAUCUCAAGUAGAUUCUCAGAUGAAGAAUCUUCCGGCAACUGCCCAGGUUGCAGCCCAGCAGGGCACGUACCUUGCGGAUUGUUUCAACCGUAUGGAAGAGUGUGAGAAACAACCUGAAGGUCCUCUGCGUUUCAGAGAGUCAGGACGACAUAGGUUCCGUCCUUUCAGAUACAAGCAUCUUGGUCAAUUUGCUCCAUUAGGUGGAGAGCAAACAGCAGCACAACUCCCUGGGGAUUGGGUUUCCAUUGGCCACAGCACUCAAUGGCUCUGGUAUUCUGUCUAUGCAAGCAAGCAAGUGAGUUGGCGCACACGGUCGUUGGUGGUGUCCGACUGGAUGAGACGUUUCAUCUUUGGCAGGGACUCCAGCCAAAUAUGAUUGAUUAAUCACAAAUCGUUGUUGGUUGUAGUCGAUGGAAUGGAGUUUUGUUGAGCCAAAUUUUGUUACCUAAAAUCAUGUGACAAACAUCAUAAUAUUAAAACCCCAAAUAAUUAAUGGUGUGAUGGUAUUAAUUUACCACACCUCCAAAUACGUG